AUGGCGUUGCCUUCAGAAGAUCGAUCGUGUCACGUUCGUUCAUCAAUUUCCGACGACGCAAUGACAAUUGCUAUUGACCAGUCUUGUCCCCAGUUUGACAUUGCGUCUGUGAAGCCUCUGCAACGCUUGGCGCUGAGUCAACUUGUCCGAGGUGACGAUGUUCUGGCUUGCCUCCCCACCGGGUUUGGGAAGUCACUGAUUUUUCACCUGCUACCCAACGUCUGCAAGGUUUUGCAAACAGUGGGCUAUUCGAGGGCGUUUGCAAUCGACCCUAUUGUUCUCGUCGUGGCGCCGUUGCUGUCUUUGAUGAAAGACCAGGUUGCGUACCUGACCGAGUGCGGUGUUCGUGCUUCUAUGAUAGGUGCCAGCCAAGCUACUGACAAGGAGAUAAAGGCUGGAAAGUUUGAAAUCGUAUUUGGAAGCCCUGAAAUUCUAGUUGGACAGAAAACAUGGCGAUUAGCGCUUCAGGAAGGCGUUUUCCGUGAUCGUGUUGUAGCGAUAGUUGCAGACGAAGUUCAUACGGUUGUUCAGUGGGGCGGCCUUGCUAGACCAGAGCUAGUAGAGGAGGAUGAGGAUGAACCGUUUCGUGUCUGGUGCGGUCUUGUUGGAGAGCUAAAGUCUCUGGUGUGCGCGCCAAUUCUAGCCUUGACAGCAACAGCGUCCAAGGCAACACAAGAAAUCAUUGUGAGUUGUUUAGGAAUGUCUGGCAGAUGCUAUGUGAUUACUAAGAGCCCAGAGCGUGAUAACGUCUUCCUAGCUGUGCAGAGAGUACGUUCUGAUGUUGAAGCUACCUUUGAUUUUUUGCUGAGGCUGGUAAAGUCCAAGCAAAUCAACUGUCCAAGAGUUCUUGUCUACUGCCAAACACAGAGUGUGUGCUCCUUACUGUUUACCCAUUUCCACUAUGAACUAGGUGACAAGUCUUACUGGCCAGAAGGUGAUACAAAGGCACAAAAUCGAGUUGUGGAAAUGUACCAUGCAUGUACUCCAGACAGCAACAAACACAUCAUUUUGCAGUCUCUGAGGGAUGCCAAUGGUGUUUGUAGAGUCGUAUUUGCAACCAAUGCCUUAGGGAUGGGGAUAGAUGUGAAGGGUCUGACAACAGUCAUUCACUAUGGCCCUCCAGCUGACUUGGAAGCGUACAUGCAAGAGAUUGGCAGAGCUGGCAGGGAUGGAAGCCAAAGUUUUGCUUAUCUGCUAUAUCAUGGACAUCAGCUGAGACACACAAAUAGAGAAAUGAAGGAGUAUGUCAGCAACACUGAUCAGUGCAGAAGAGCUAUGCUCCUAGCAGUCUUUGAUGCAGCCCCCAACAGAGGAAACACCAGUCAUACCUGCUGUGACAUAUGCUCUGUACAGUGUCAGUGUGCAAGCCCAGGUCAGUGCCCUGGUUUGCAAUAUAUUCAGAUUGGUGAAACAUCGAUUGCAACCUCUUCUCCUGUGAUAGUCCAUCACUUGCAGACUGAACAAAGAGAACUUCUGGAGUUUCUUCUUCUGGAGUACAAGAUGAAGGUGGAGACAGAGCUUGGAAUUGAAGAUCAGCCUUUGUAUACUCACCCAACAUUGGUAACAGGUCUUUCUGAUUAUGUACUGCACUCAGUCGUAGAGAACGCUGGGCAGUUGUUUACCGUACAAGACAUUCAAGCUCUAACUCCAGUCUUUACUGUUGAGCAUGCACAGAACAUUCUAACUAUACUUAAUGAGGUAUGGGCUCAGUUUUAA